AUGGGACUUAUUGACCGUUUGAAAGGUAAGUUCGAGCAGAAUUUUGAUGUUCAAAGUGAUCAGACUCCUCAAUGGAAUCUGCAUCAGAACUCCAAUAAGCCACUUCCUCAGCAGCCAUUACCACCACCUCCUAUUCCUGCUCGAGACUAUCGAUUGAACAAACCGUUAACUCCCUCAUCUUCACUAUUCUCACCGAUCUCUAUUAGUCCCCCUGUUUCGCAGAUUGAAAAGACUGAUUUUCACCCUGUUCCUCUUCCUUCCUUCUAUAAUCAGGAAGGUCCCAUCGAGACAAAUAACUUUUAUGGUAAUCUCCUAGUGGAAAAGCAGGAUUUACCGGUAUGGACUCAUCCCUACAGCGUCUGGAAAUGCGAUGAUGACCAGUUCAAAGGUCUUGCCGUAUCACAUAUCUCAUCUAAGCAGAAAGUCUUUGGUGAUGUCCCCAAUUCAAACCCUUGCAAAUACUUCUUCUCGCCAGUAGGUAUAUGUUCCUUGCUUCUAGGCGCUGUGGAAUUCCAGCAUGGUUUUGAUCUCAAAUUGGGAGAAUGUAAACGCUUCAGCUGUGGUACCCGCUUUGAAACAAGAGGUGCUAGCGGUUCUCUGAUUGCAAAACUUGUCCAAGGAAUGGGAAUGGUGUCCGGGUUGUAUUCCGGAAACAUAACCCCCAGAUUGGCGAGUAAAGUUGGCUUUCAGAGCUUCGACAAUAAAGGAAGGACCGUGAAUGGCCUGAGUAAGCACGUUAUUAAGUUGUUUGAUGGUACCAAAUGGAUUCUUUAUUCUUCUGUUAACACAUGGAGACAAGAAACGCCUAAUUCCAUUGUGGCUGCCACGCAGGUCAACGAUGUAUCUCUAGUCCAAAUUGCCAAAUUACCUGGUAAUGGUAACGAGUCAACAUACGACGAUUCUGCCGGUGCAUUUGUGACCGACAUGACUCUUUCUGGCUCUGCUGAUCAUGGUAAGGCUACCUAUAAGCUGAACUACACUAUUGGUGGAAAUUCAGGCUCAGGUAAGGUCAUUCAAUGGUUCUUGCCUCAUCAUUAUGACUCUGCAGAUUCCUCGAUGGAUUUGCAAUUAUUACAGGGAGCUGAGCUUGAUUCCACUUGCAAGGGUACAAUGAAAGCCUAUUUGACCGACUCAUUUGUGAUGAGCGAGCAGCUUCCACCUAAAGAAUUGCAGUUCAACCCGUAUAAAGAGGGUAAAGGCUGCAAGGGAUGUUCUUCUGAUAGUCUAUGGAUUAUCAGAAAAGUGGCUACGGAGGAAAUAGAUUCAUUUGACGUGAUUAAUGCAUCCAAUACAGACUCUAUGUACACCGCGGGAAAGAUAUUGGAUAAAGGAGCGUUUAUUCUUUAUGUGGCCGCAUUUGUGCUUCAAGAUAAGAACCUAGUCAGAACACAACUAGACAAAAUGAAACAAGCUUUUGAAAGGUUUAUCAGCAACAACCAACAGGAACCGUUGGUUUAUAAUACCAGUUGGAAAGGAGUUGUGUCCUCUGCUGGCUUGAAAGACGGUAACUUCUACUGUGAUUUCGGUAAUUGCUUCUACAACGAUCAUCAUUUCCAUUACGGCUACCACAUUCAUGCAGCCGCGUUGGUGGCACAGGUUGACCAGAAAUAUGGUGAUGGAACGUUCUUCAAUCAUUGCAAGGACUGGAUCGAAACAUUGAUUAGAGAUGUUUGUAAUCCAAGCGAUCAGGACCGCUACUUUCCAGUGUUCCGAUGUUUUGAUUUCUUCAAUGGCCACAGCUUUGCCAACGGCCUAUUUGCUCAUGGCGAUGGCAAAGAUGAGGAAUCAUCCAGUGAGGAUUAUCACUGUUACUACGGAAUAAAAUUGUGGGGGAUAGUCAGUGGCAACGAGAAGCUAGACCAAUUGGGAUCGUUGAUUUUGGCCAUAGAGCGCAGAGCAAUGAACAUGUACAUGCUCUACAGCGACGAUAAUCGUGUGAUUCCAGUCAACUUCAAAGCCAACAAGGUUUCAGGUAUAUUAUUUGAGAAUAAGAUUGAUCACGCUACUUACUUCGGUAUGAAUAAAGAGUACAUCCAUGGAAUUCACAUGAUUCCCAUGACUCCAGUAUCGAAUUAUAUCAGAACUUCGCAGUUUGUCAGAGAAGAAUGGGAUCAGCAGCAUCUAGGAGAACUAGUGAAUCAGAUCGACUCCGGGUGGAAGGGACUACUAUGGUUAAAUAAGGCAAUAAUUGAUCCCCAAGGUGCAUGGAAUUUUUUUAGCGAUAAUGGAUUUCAGGACAGAUGGUUAGACAAUGGCAUGUCAAGAACUUGGAGUUUGGCCUACUGUUCGGGAAUGAUGUAA